AUGCAGAACCCCAAGAAGAGGAGACUGGACGAGGUCUGCUUGGAGCAGUACCCAGAACACAGCCGCAGCGUUAUCCAGUCCUGGAUAGCGCAGGGCAAGGUGGCCAUCAAUGGAAGAGUCAUCACAAAGGCUGGCACGCCAGUGGCCUCCACGUCCACUGUUGACAUCACUGCCGUGGCCCCCAAAUUUGUGUGCAGCAGGGCAGGGCUGAAGCUGGAAGGGGCGCUGGAUCAUUUUGGGCUGGAUGUGUCGGGGAUGAGGGUGCUGGACGCCGGUCUAUCCACCGGAGGCUUCACGGACUGCCUGCUGCAGAGGGGCGCGACACAUGUCAUUGGGGUAGACGUGGGGUAUGGACAGGUGGCGGAGAGGGUGCGGACGGACGCGCGAGUGACGGUGAUGGAGCGCACGAAUCUGCGCUACGUGCAGCUGGGGGAUCUGCCUGAGGCGCUGCCGGUGGAUUUGGCGACGCUGGACCUGUCAUUCAUAUCGCUGCUCAAGGUUCUGCCGGCCGUUGUGGCGCUGCUGCAGCCGCGCGCACACCUGCUCGCCCUCAUCAAGCCCCAGUUCGAGGCCGGCCGCGACGAGGUGGGGAAGGGCGGCAUUGUGAAGGAUGCGAGCAUACACAGAAAGGUGAUCGAGAAGGUCACAGCUGGCAUCGAAGAGGCGGGUUUUGUGUCCAAGGGGUGCAUUGAGUCUCCGCUAAAAGGCGCAGUGGGAGGCAAUACAGAGUUUCUGGCCCUGUUUGAGAGGACUUCAGCACAAUCUGGCAAUGAAUGACACAGAAGUUUUUGGAUACAAUAGCAUGAUGGUGCAUGUGUUGCAAGGCAUCUCUGUGUUCGUGUGACUGAACAGAAUUUGAACGAUUCUUGGAAUCAAAGCUUCUGAUUACACGAGGGGACCAUUGUCACAUCAUAGUGUAACAGUAAGUGGAAAAUCAGAGCUAUGGCAUUUCCGCAUUGUUCAGCACAAGUUCACUCGCAAAACCAGAGGCACUUCAAGGAAUCACACAUACUACUUAUGGCACUGGUGGCUUGCUUGCCACAUGCAAUGCUGUUUAAUCAUACAAAAAGGUCUGUCUAGACGCAACAUAAGGAACAAACCAGAGUUGUUUGCAUAAAUUUCACCUAUCAGAUCUACACACCCUGAACUUGACCGAGCUGCUCAGAGCGUUGCUAUUAACAACGGCGCUGUCUUCCGGUCUGCUGACCUACUGUAGCUGAUCUGAUCCCCUUUGAACACACUCUGCUGCAGCCCUGAGAUGCUGCAUCUACUCCACUGUGAUGCUGUGCUGGCGGACCUUCUCCUCGACCUUGGGAAUGUCCAGGCGCAAGACGCCAUUCUCCAUCUUGGCAGUGAUUUUGCCAAGGUCUGCAGACUCCGGCAGCCUCACACGGCGCUGCACAAACUGCGAGCUGCGCUCCAUCCUGUGGUACUUGACACCUUCUUCCUCCUUCUCUUCGUUCUUGGAGGCGUUCUGCUCAACCGAGAGGCUCAGCACGUCUCCAUCGAUGUUCACCUUCACGUCCUUCUUCGACACGCCCGGCAAGUCGGCCUUCACUUCGAAUGCCUUCGGUGUCUCCUUGACGUCGAUAGAAAUGCCUCGAUUGUAUGUGCUGCCAGUAUCAGGAGUCAAGCUUCCCCUGAGGCCCAGAGGGAGGCCAAAGUGGGCGAAGAAGUCGUUCUCGUCGAAGUUGCGCAUCGCCAGCG